AGGCGUCGUUUCCGAAUGAGUAAGCGGUUGUUUCUACGCAUAGUCAACGACUUGGAAGCGAACUACGAUUAUUUUAAACAAAAACCGGAUGCGAGAGGGGCACUUGGAUUUACCGGUAUCCAAAAGUGUACGUCGGCAUUACGAAUCCUUGCUUAUGGUAACACUACCGACAUCAACGACGAGUAUCUAAAAAUGGCGGAGAAAACAACACGAGAUAGCUUGGAACAUUUUUGUCGCGGUAUAAUUGAUGUGUACGGUGCGCGUUAUCUUAGAACGCCUACAUGGGAGGACCUUCAAAAGAUCUACGAGGUACAUAAUGCCGAGCAUGGUUUGCCUGGUAUGAUCGGGAGCAUAGAUUGCAUGCAUUGGCGUUGGGAUAACUGCCCGACUGCAUGGCGAGGCCAACACACACGUGGUGACCAAAAAGGACCCACUAUUAUUCUUCAGGCGGUUGUUUCACAGGACCUUUGGGUUUGGUCGGCUUACUUUGGCGUGGUCGGGUCAUGCAAUGAUAUCAAUGUUUUUGAACAAUCGCCGUUGUUAGAGGAGUGGAUUUCUGGCAAAGCUCCAAAAGCGUCGUUUUACGCAAAUCGAAACUACUACCCCCAUGGAUAUUAUUUGAGCGAUGGAAUUUAUCCUAGGUAUUCGAUUUUCAGGCCGGAUUUAGGCUUUAACUUAUUGAUUUCAUGGAUUGAAGCUAUUAAUUUCAUGAAUUAA